ACUUGCACGUGCAAUCUCCAAUUUGUAACUUGUACAGUUACUUGUUGUUAUAGAGAAGUGACUCUUCGUUUUGUUUUUGUCUAUCUAAUCUCUUCUUUUUAUCCAAUUAUUAGCAAGUUCAACUAAAUUUUGCUUCUUUUUAUCUCCAAUAAUGGCCGGAAGGAAGAGAAGGAAGCUCAAAUCGUUGGCAAAAUCGGUGAUGAAUUCGAAAAGGGUGACAACCAGCAAUAAUAUAGACAAUUUGGAACUUCAAUCUUGGUCCGACCUGCCUACGGAGCUUCUGGAAAUGAUCUUUUGCCAUCUAACACUGGAGGAUAACAUUCAUGCUUCUGUUGUUUGCAAGAGAUGGCACGCUGCUGCGAUUUCUGUCAGAGUGGUAAAUCAAUCACCAUGGCUUAUGUAUUUUCCAAAAUAUGGUAACUUAUACGAGUUCUAUGACCCGGCGCAGCGCAAGACGCAUUCCCUUGAGUUACCGGAGCUGUAUGGCUCGCGAGUUUGUUACACUAAAGAUGGAUGGUUGUUGCAAUACAGACCUAGAACACAUCGCGUGUUCUUCUUUAAUCCAUUUAGCAAGGAAAUGGUCAAAUUGCCGAGAUUUGAAUUAACUUAUCAGAUAGUUGCCUUCUCUUCCUCACCAACAACCACUGGUUGUGUCGUUUUCACAGUCAAGCACAUUAGUCCUACAAUUGUUGCUAUAAGUACUUGUCAUCCCGGGGCAACACAGUGGGUUACGGUUAAUUACCAAAACCGGUUGCCUUUUGUGAGUAGUAUUUGGAACAAGGUUAUUUUCUGUAGUGGAGUCUUUUACUGUUUAAGCCUCACAGGCUGGCUGGGUAUUUUCAACCCAGUCGAACGUACAUGGAAUGUUCUUGUUGUGCCUCCACCUAAGUGUCCGGAGAAUUUUUUCGCUAAAAAUUGGUGGAAAGGAAAAUUUAUGGCGGAGAAUAAUGGAGAUAUUUUAGUUAUUUAUACAUAUUUUAGUGAAAACCCAAUUAUGUUUAAGUUGAACAGGUCGAACAUGAUAUGGGACGAGAUGAAGAGCCUUGAUGGUGUGACGCUAUUUGCUAGUUUCUUAUCAUCCCAUUCAAGAAUUAAUCUACCCGGAAUAAUGAGAAACAGUAUUUACUUCUCGAAGGUUCGAUUCUUUGGAAAGCGUUGCAUAUCAUACUCUCUUGAUGAUAGUAGAUACUAUCCUCGUAAGCAGUGUCAUGACUGGGGAGAACAAGAUCCUUUUGAGAAUAUCUGGAUUGAACCACCUGAAGAUCUCUCAACCUUCAUCUGAAGAAUUUGAGCUUCUGUUCCGGUAAAGUAUGUAUUCCAAUUCUCAUUGCUUACCUGUAGGAGUAAUUGAUUAGCGAGGAGAUCUCAGAAUACGGGCAGGACGGGUAUUUUGCAGUUAAAAUUUGUAUCUUAAGUAUACUUGACGGUAGUAUAUAGACAGCUAAAGGGCAUCCUUGGAGGAUCUCAGAAUUUAGAUCCCUUUGUUACGAUCUUAUAGUAAAUCAUUAGCAUUAUAGUUAAAUAUUCUCAAGUACAGGUUAUGUUCAACUAUACAUUAUAGGUUAAUGUUUUUUUUUUGUGUAUUUUGUGCUCUC